CCUCUCUAGUCACUCUCCAGGAGAGUUCUCGGUCAACACAUAUAGAGACAAGUGAGUGAAACUAGGUGGGUCUUUUGCUAGAGCAGCAGGCCCCCACAAGGCGUGGUGCCUUAUUCUCAAAGGUACUUGAAGACAGAGAGGAACAGGUUGAUGGGAGGACAGACAAACCUUCUUUCAUCACCCAACCUCCCCUCAGGACUCAUGUGGAUUUAGUGAGGCUUGGUGUUCAACUCCUAAAGGCCAAAAUACUUGGUUUCUUUAGGCCUUCUUGUUGUUGUCAAUCAGAGUGAUCAGUUUGUGUCACUCUGUUUUGAAGUACACAUAUUUCUCAGAAGUUUGUUUGUGUUAAGCUUUCCUCCUGGAUUACUUGUGGAGAUUCGUGAUGGGGAAUGUGGCCACAGGGGCCCUGGAGCAGGAACAGACUGAGGGCCGAGAGGCCAGAACCUCAGUCGGAGGAGCUUCAGGAAUGGGAGAACCCACUCCAACUUUGCAGAAGAAGCAGCCGGCUCCCCCCAAGUUGCCCAUGCCCCCAGAGGAGGAGCUGGAGGAGCGCUUCAAUGUGGUGCUGAGCUACAUGAACUUGCCUCCAGACAAACAAAAGCUGUUGAGUCAGUAUGACAAUGACAAGAAGUGGGAAUUAGUCUGUGAUCAGGAACGAUUCCAAGUGAAAAGCCCCCCGUCCAAUUACCUGAAUAAGAUCAAGAGCUUCUACCAGGAUCAAGGAGGGGUGUCUCGCAGGCUAAAGAAAAAGAUUCAGGAAGCCACACAGGUCCUGAAAGAUCUGGAGAUAUCCCUUCGCACCAAUCACAUUGGAUGGGCUCAAGAGUUUCUCAACGAGCAGAAUAAAGGUUUGGAUGUCCUGGUGGAAUACCUGUCCCAUGCACAAAGUGAUGCCUCGUAUGACGCGGAUAGUGCUGAAAAUGGUGGCAGCCUGUCAGAAAGAAGAAUGCCAGCAGAGAGGUCGAUGGAAGACUUGACCAAGAGCCCCAGGAGCUCUCACUCACAUGGCAUGACCAGAGCUGCUCGGGCUCUGACUGUGAGAAUAAGCUCCACUAUUGGGAACAAGAUUUAUAAGAAAUCCCAUUCAUCCUACCAGAGAGAUGAUGUGCAUGUGUGCAUAAUGUGCCUGCGAGCCAUCAUGAACUACCAGUCUGGUUUUAACCUGGUGAUGACUCACCCAUGCUGCGUGAACGAGAUCACCCUCAGCCUCAACAGCAGGAAUCCCAGGACCAAAGCGCUUGUGUUGGAGUUGCUGGCUGCAGUGUGUCUGGUCAGAGGAGGACAUGACAUCAUUCUGUCUGCUUUUGACAACUUCACAGAGGUGAGCAGAGAAAGGAACCGCUUUGAGAAGUUGAUGGAGUACUUCAUCAAUGAUGACAGCAACAUUGACUUCAUGGUUGCUUGCAUGCAGUUCAUAAACAUUGUGGUCCAUUCAGUGGAGAACAUGAACUUCCGUGUUCAUCUGCAGUUCGAGUUUACUUACCUCGGAUUGGACAAGUAUCUUGGGCGUCUGAAGCAGACAGAGAGCGAGAAGCUGCAGGUUCAGAUCCAGGCCUACCUGGACAAUGUGCUGGAUGUUGGAGCCCUGCUGGAGGACGCUGAGAACAGGGGGGGGGUCCUCGAGCAUGUGGACGAUCUGCAGGAACACAACGUACAGCUGGGAGCCCGGCUUGAGGAGAUUGAGAACCAGAGCACGGAGAAGAUAUCUGAACUUGACACUCAGCUCAUGCAGGCCACCAAGGAGACGGAGCUGCUCAAAGAGAGCCUGCGGCAGUCCUGCUCCCAGGUCAGUGCGCUGCAGCAGAGGGAGAGGGAGCGGGAGCUGGAGCGGGAGAGGGAGAAGGACCGGGAGCGCCUGAGCACCUCCGCCCCCCCCACCUCCUCAGAGCUGGAGCAGAAGGUCCAGGAGCUGCAGGACCGGGGGCUGCUCCGCCUGGGACGCAGCGCCUCCGGGGGGCUGGACAUCCAGGUGGUGCCUGUCACCGUGGUGGAGUACAUCCACACCCCCGCACUCCCAGCCGCCCAGCCUGGUGUCUCUGUCACUGAUUCUGCUUCCCCACCCCCUCCUCCUCCUCCUCCUGGUGUUCCAGACGGGCUGGCCUCUCCGACUCCUCCUCCUCCUCCUCCACCCCCUCCAGGAGCAGGACCACCACCCCCUCCUCUCCCACCUGGCGCCGGACCCCCACCUCCACCUCCCCUACCUGGUGCUGGACCCCCACCGCCGCCUCCUCCGCCCGGUGAUAAAUAUGUUUAA